AUGGGCAUCUUUGAAGCUCAAAUUCGUGAUUCGGCAUAUUCUCUCGCGCUUUCACCAAUGGCCGCGUCACCUGUCGUAGCUGCUCAUACACACAAUGGCAUUGAGAAAUAUUAUCCCGACAAGGGAAUACUAGCCAAACAUCCAAGCAAGCCUCACUUAAGUGGCAUGGAUGAAUACGAGAAAUUAUACCAAGAGUCUAUUACUAAGCCAGACCAAUUUUGGGGAGGACUAGCAAGAGAACUGCUCACAUGGCAAAGGGACUUUCAAACUGUCCUCUCGGGCAACUUAAUCCACGGUGACAUUGCCUGGUUUCUAGAGGGCCAACUGAACGCGUCUUAUAACUGCAUAGACCGUCACGCCUUUCGAGAUCCUGAAAAAUUGGCGAUUAUUUACGAGGCCGAUAGUAUAGAAGAGAGUCGUACCGUUACCUAUGGUGAACUUUUACGAGAGGUUUGUAGACUUGCCCAUGUUUUAAAACAAAUGGGCGUGCAGAAGGGCCAUGUGGUAACUAUCUAUCUUCCUAUGAUACCCGAAGCACUUAUUGCAAUCCUGGCUUGUUCCCGAAUUGGUGCUAUUCACUUGGUAAUUUUUGCCGGCUUUCACUCCGAUUCUAUCCGUGACCGUGUGGUCGAUGCCGAGUCAAAAGUUCUGAUAACUGUUGAUGAAGGUAAGCGAGGAGGAAAAUCAAUCAAAAUGAAAGAAAUAGUGGAUGAAGCUCUCCGGCAAUGUCCUAAUGUAUCUCACUGUUUGGUUUUUCAGCACACCGGUUCUAGAAUCUCCUGGACCGAGGGCAGGGAUCUCUGGUGGCAUGAAGAAGUUGUGAGAUGGCCAUCGUACAUCGCGCCCGAAGUCAUGAAUUCCGAAGACCCUUUAUUUCUACUCUACACCUCAGGAUCAACCGGGAAGCCUAAGGGUCUACUGCACACGACUGCAGGAUAUCUUGUAGGAGCUGCAGCCACUGGAAAAUACGUUUUUGAUAUCCACGAGUCAGACAGGUUCUUUUGUGCCGGUGAUAUCGGAUGGAUCACGGGACACACAUAUGUUGUCUAUGCUCCACUGCUGCUCGGGGUUGCGACCGUAGUCUACGAGGGAACACCGGCAUAUCCCACCUUCUCAAGGUACUGGGAGUUGAUUGAAAAGCAUCAUAUCACCCAGCUAUACGUGGCCCCUACAGCUUUAAGGCUAUUAAAACGAGCAGGCGACCAUCAUAUCCAGGCAGAUAUGAAAUACCUACGGGUUCUCGGCUCGGUUGGUGAGCCAAUUGCGCCUGAGAUCUGGAAAUGGUACUAUGAAAUUAUUGGGAAAAAAGAGGCACACAUUAUUGAUACAUACUGGCAAACUGAGACCGGCUCUCACGUUAUCGCACCCCUUGCAGGCAUUACCCCGACAAAACCGGGCUCGGCAUCCCUACCUUUUUUUGGCAUCAUACCGGCAAUAAUCGAUCCUCUUACUGGGAAAGAAUUACAUGGCAAUAAUGUGGAGGGUGUUUUAGCUCUAAAACAGCCAUGGCCAAGCAUGGCUCGUACAAUAUGGGGUACACAUGAAAGAUACUUGAAUACGUAUCUAAAAAUUUACGAGGGAUACUAUUUUACUGGUGAUGGUGCAAGAAGAGAUGAUGAGGGAUACUACUGGAUUGGUGGUAGAGUAGAUGAUGUUAUCAAUGUUUCGGGUCACCGUCUUUCUACUGCCGAAAUAGAGGCUUGUCUAAUUGAGCACCAAGCCGUUGCCGAAGUUGCAGUUGUUGGUGUCGACGAUGACCUUACUGGUCAGGCCAUUAACGCUUGCAUCUCUAUUAAGAAUGGUACUAUGCCUACGAUACAGCUUAAAAAAGAAAUUAUCCUUCACGUACGAAAGAGCAUCGGCCCAUUCGCAUCUCCCAAAGUAAUACAUUUUCUUCCAGAUCUACCUAAAACAAGGAGUGGGAAAAUAAUGCGUCGUGUCUUAAGGAAAAUUCUUGCGGGGAAGGAGGAUCAGCUAGGCGAUAUAUCUACGCUUUCUGAUCCUGGUCUUGUAAAUGUAAUCAUCAGUAAUAUUCGAGGUUCAAAUGGCGUAUUAGCAGUCAAAUAG